GCCGCUGGAAUUAAACGCAAUAUUCCGUUUUUUUUUAUACCUCCGCGGCUGUAAAGUAGAAUAUUCUGAAAUUUUACGAGCAAAUCUUUUUUCUCGUUUUCGUUCGGGAAUAAUCAAUCGCUCGUGUGUAAAUAUCGGGAUCGUGGCGCUACUAUUUAUACUCACGAUCGUUCGUUUUCGGGCGAGUCGCUUAAAGAUCGUCGUGGCGCAAAAGUGUACGUAUAUUCGUCGACGAUGACAGUUGCUUCGAACCGUAACGAAAGCGAAUAAACAACUCGAGCUCUCCUCUGGGUUUCGAUCGUUUACUUGGAUCACUCCGUCGACGAAAUUGGAAGAUUCCAGGGUCGAGGACACGGUCGUUGCAUUUUCCGCGGACAGUCGGUGCGCGGUGAUCGAGAGAAGCCACGAAUCGGCCGGUCGAAGGAGGAAGGAGGAGAGAGAGGUCAGCCGUUUAUCGAGCGAGCAACAGAGAAAGAGAGGGAGAAAUGGCCCCCACCCACGGUCAGGAGGAAAUAGAGGGGCGUUCGUAUAAAGAGUAUGCCUACAGCCCUGUACCAGCGAGUUCCUCUUCAGCGGUGUACGAUUCAGCCACCCUUGGGAAACAUUCGAACGAGAUUGGUGUCGGUUCGGCGAGAUAUAUCGAUCCUAACGGUGUCCAGGGCAAGUUCCACGUAAACGAGAUGACGGAGAAGGGCUCGACGUUGCUUCAAUACGUCGCGGCAGCCGCAGCGAACCUGUGCACCGCGGCAGCCGGUGCUUUGCUAGGAUGGACGAGUCCUAUACUGCCAAAGCUAACGAACAGUACAGAGGACAACCCUCUUGGAAGAGUGAUAACGAGCGACGAAAGUACUUGGAUCGGUUCGCUGGUACCCGUGGGAGCGAUGUUUGGUUGUUUCCUCGCUGGAUAUAUGGCGGAGAGGUGGGGCAGAAAACGAACGUUGCAGAUCUCCGUGGUGCCGUCGUUAUUCGGUUGGAUCUUGAUCGCGACAGCCAGGGUGGUGGGCCAACUGUACGCGGCUCGAGUGAUGCUUGGCAUCUCCUUGGCGUUCGCUUUCACGGUUGUUCCUAUGUAUUGCGGUGAAAUCGCCGAGACGUCUGUCAGAGGAGCGCUGGGAUCCUUCCUGCAACUGUUCAUCACCGUCGGUAUGCUGUACUCGUACGCGAUCGGGCCACAGGUAUCCUACUUGGUGUUUUGGAUACUUUGCACCCUUUGGCCGAUAUUGUUCUUCGCCUGCUUCUUCAAGAUGCCGGAAUCCCCGUAUUACUUGCUGAAGACCGGUCAGAAACAGGAAGCCCUCUCUACGUUGGCCUGGCUUCGAGGCAAGUCCCCGGCCAGCGUGCAAAAGGAAGCCGACGAGAUGCAGGCGGCCAUCGAAGAGGCUUCGAAGGAAGAGGCCAGCAUCACGGAUCUGUUCACCGUGAAGGCAAACUUGAAGGCCACGAUUUACACGUGCCUUCUCGCCGCCUUCCAGCAGUUCAGCGGCAUCAACGUGGUCCUGUUUUACAUGGAGGGCAUCUUCAAAAGCGCUGGCACGUCGCUUUCGACCUCAACGGCGACCAUAAUCGUCGGUGUCGUUCAAUUGCUCGCCUCUUGCGUGACGCCGGUGGUCGUCGACAGGCUCGGCAGGAGGAUGCUGCUCGUUUUCUCUGGCGUCGGUGAAAUCGUGACACUGAUUGCUCUGGGUAUCUACUUCUAUAUGCAGGACUAUUUGAAAACGGACGUGACGAGUAUCUCGUUCCUGCCGGUGGUCGCCUUGGUGAUCUUCAUCUCGACGUAUAGCGUGGGCUGGGGUCCUUUGCCGUGGUCCAUAAUGGGCGAGAUGCUAGCGCCGAAGGUGAAAUCGAAGGCGUCCGGUAUCACGGUGUGCGUUUGUUGGAUGCUCGCCUUCUUCAUCACCAAGUUCUCGAACAAUUUGCAAGAAGCGUUCGGGAACUUCACGCUGUACUGGGUGUUCGCGGCGUUUUGCGUGAUCGCCGUGUUGUUCACGGUACUGGUGCUGCCCGAGACGAAGGGCAAGAGCUUGCAGGAGAUACAGGACGAGCUGAACGGCAUUAAGCCCUCGGUCGAGAUCGGGAUGUCGAGAAAAAUGUGAAAGCAGUAUUAGCAUGGUUCACAGUGCGACGUUUUAUUCUAUUUUUUAACUACACGCGUCUUCAUACUGCCAAAGACCGAGAUCGCGAUUACUCGAUUCCGUUUAGUGGGGAUUCGAGACGAAUGAACGUUUGAGGAUCGGGUCAACAACGCUCACGAUUACCUUUAAGAAAAUCCUAUGCCAGAUGCAAUAUCAUCGUUAUCAUUACGAAGGAGGGAAUGCGACAGGAUUCGAAACCGUGGAAUUUGUACAGCGAUCUAGAAGACUUUUUCGGCCCGGAUCUGUCCACGUUCCGCCUGGCGUCGAUGCAAUAAUCGUUUCUAUGUUUCUAUAUUUAUUUCUUGACAAGCCUUAGUCAUUCAAUAGUCACAUCGUCCUGUUUGUAUUUAAGAUUUUAAUUAAGCGGCUCUCCUUUUCUCAACUAAUAUUUAUAAUAUUUAACGCCGAAUUAUGUAAUGUGUAUCGAGUAUGUUUCACGUUCGAACGACUUCGUUCUGAAAGUUAGACGCGCAAGAACAAGUUCCGAGUUGUUGGAUCGCGAUCCUGUUUCGCGUGGAAACGAUACCUUUUCCAUGCUCGACGAUCGACGACACAAAAAAUAAGAUCGCUCGAUCGAAACGGCGUUACGAAAUCGGCCGUGCGGUUUCAUUUUUUACGGAAGCGCACAGGCGUCUUCGGGGGAGGGAAGAGAACAACGCAGAUGGAAUUUUACGAUCGGUGAACAUCUUUUGCGACAAGAUCAAGGAUCGUUCGAGGAUGCACAGCGGAGAGAAGAUAGAUAAGAAUGAUUAGAAAGUGCAAAUUACCGUUUUACGUCCCUAAAACAUCGAUCGGAACGUUAUUGUAUAGAAGGAAAAAAUAAUGUUUUUUGCAAUUCGGAAUCGGUUUGCGUCCUCGUUCAGGAAACGGGGGACGGGGGCGUUUCCGCGGUUCAAGACUGUAAUUUCUUGAAAUUAUAGUAUUCUGUAAUUGUUUCUAUUCAAGCGAGCAGCAAUUAUAAUAUACAGGGUACUUGAAAAGAUUGGAAGAAUGCGUUGAUACUAUAAAACGUAUCCUCUCCAGUUUAUCCCCCAACAUUUUUUCAACAACCUUUCAUAGUGAUUUUCGCCGUCUGUUCUUUUUUUAAUAGUCCAGAGACUUGGUUAGUAUUUUAUUGGUUCUUCCCUUUCCCUAACCGUCGGUUGGCUAAGCAUAAUAUCACAUUAAUAACGUAACUUCCGUCGGGAUAUUUUUAGUUAUUACCGCACAUACGGAUCGACGAUUCGCGCGUGUCCUUUUCAUUUAAGCGAAUAAUAUAGUCGCUAUAGGACUGUACUUAUCGCGUACCAAAGAUUGUACAUAUUUAUUUUCGAUUUAGAGCUAAUGACUCCACUUGUAGACGCCAUCGAAUACGCCGACGACUACUAACACGCGAUUAACGUUCUUCGAAUCAUUGUUUAGCAAUUCAUACUGUUUGUAUUUUGUUUGCAUUUAUACCGUACCUUUAACACGAGAGAGCGAAAGAGAGAGAGAGAGUGAGAAUGUAUAUAUAUGUAACUGUGUAAUUGAGAGUGUGCCAAAACGUCUUCGUAAAAUUGAUUUAAGGCCAGUCGAACGAAGAUGACAUAUCGAUCAACUUGUACUUUAGUCGAACGUAACGCAAUUUUCGGGGCAGAAAAUAUUCGGUAAUCGCGGGUACAAUCGAACCACGAAUCACGUACAAAGAAAAAGAUCAUUCGGUGCACACUUUGCGCGCAAAAAUACUACUAGUAAUUUAUUAUACGCCGAUCGUGUAUACCGAUCGACGAUAUUCGGAAGUCGUUUGCAUACGUAUCCGCGUGGACGAAUAAUAUCGUUCGAUACUUUUGGUUAACGUCAACUUUUCCACGAGCAUCGAAAGCAUAAAAAUCCAAGCGCACCGUUCUCGAACGCUCGAACGAUUAAGGAAGUUGUUUGCGGAUUAUGCAACGUUUUUCCGCGCGAAUUUGUAUGCAACGAUUCCCACACGCGCGUUGUUUGUUUCAGUUCGAAGACUGCUGGAAGCGCAAAAUCAUUCCUGGAAUGUUCCUUUCACGAGCAAUAAGACUUUUCGUUCGUAUCGACGCGUUAUCAGCCGCAAAUUAGCCCCAAAGGCAAAGAAAACGUAGCCAAUUCGUAUUUUCACGCCCGGUGUAUUUCGCUUCCAUUUUCCCAGUUAUUUGGACCGCUCAUCAUCGCGAGCUUUUGGUGCUCGUCGAACUGUAUUAUUCGCAGAACGAUCAUUCUUAGUGGCCUUUGAAACUAUUCUACGUGAAAAUAAUAUUAACGAUCAUGUUAAGUUUGUGAUUUUAACGGAGAAUGACGAGAUUUUUAGAUAGCAACGAGAGCGUGUGAUAAUGUUAAAUAGUCAGGGUAUAAACGGGAAACAAUCGUUCAGGAAAUUUUUGGCAAAAUUUUCAUCGAUGGUACAUGGAACGAUUGUACAUAUUAUUACAUAUUUACUAGAUAAUAUAAUUACGAUAAUAAAUUUUCUACACACUUGUUAUGGUUAAAUAAAUUAUAUCGUUGAAGUAUUACGCACGAUGCAUCCGUGACUGUUU